GAAAUAAACAAUGGGAUGAUCGGUGUCAAAGCAACAGAAUGUUCGGGUCCGUCAGCCCAACGUGGAAAUACGUCAUCGAAUUUUUCAAAUAAUCACCAUUUACAACGUCAACCAGUGACACCAACAUCUCGUGAGCGAGCAAUGCAUGCUAUAGAAUAUUACAAUAGUAAUGUGCUUAAAGCACGAAUGGGUGCAGGACUUGCUGGCCCAAGAAGUUCAGUCAAUGAACGUCAUAUGAGCUUCGGCGGUGGACGACCAUUGAAUACAGUCGGUUCAAGGUUGUAUCCAUCUCACGGUGAAAACAUUUACCGAAGUAAUUCGAGCUUGGAAUUACUCGAUGCUGGAAAUAACAACGAAACCAUUACACAUUUAAGUGGACCAUUAAGACGAGAGUACGGUUCUCAUGGAUCAAUCGAUGUGAUCUCAUCUGAUAGAAGUCCCGUCGCUGCAUCAGCUGGCGAAAAUUUCUUUGCAAUGUUGCAAGAAUAUCGUCCCGCUGUUCUUGGAUUAAGCGAAGCAAAUGAGAAGCGUAAAGAACAAACUGAGGUCGUAAAUAAUCAUCGCAACAGUACGAUCGUUGAAGAACAAAUCGACCGUGGUAAUUCAAGUCCAAAAUUAAGAAUGAAACUUAAACUUUGGGGACCGACAAAAACUACACGUUCACAAUCUCAUGUUCCAACAGUUGAUGAAGGCAAUGGAAUCACAUUAAAUGUUUCAUCAUCAAACUCAAGUGUCACUUCAGUUGCUGCUGCUGACAUUGAAGAACGAACAAAGCGACGAGCUUUCGCUCAUUACGAUUGUCAGUCAUUGACUGCAAACUUGGGUUAUGCUGCAAAGUUACGUGGACUUUUAUUAGCACGAAGAAGAAAUACAACAACUGGUGCUUCAGCUGCUGCUAUGUACAGUACACGAUCAUCAACACCUGAUGGUGACAGUAACGAUGAAGAUUAUGGAGAUGGAUUUAACAAUGAAUUGCUAGAAAAUUGUCCAUUCUUUCGUAACGAAGUGGGUGGUGAAGAAGAACGUGAAGUUAGCCUCACAAGAAUGGGCCAAUCUAAUAAUAAAGUUCAAAAGCGUCCAAUUCAUCGUCCAACAUUAGCGUAUGGAGUAUCAGUUCUUGAAUGCUUAACAAAUGAAACUUUAUGGAAUAAACAUACAUGUCCUUAUCAGAAGGGAUUAAAGCCGAUUGAACAAGUCGAUAAUGGUGCAUAUUAUUACCGGAAAUUCUUUUAUGGACAAGAACAUCAAAAUUGGUUUGGAAUGGAUGAACAACUUGGACCUGUUGCGAUAUCAAUAAAGAAGGAAAAACCUUUCAAUCAACCAAUAACAUCUGAUCCAAAUCAUCAACAGCAUCUUUAUCGAUUGAUUGUUCGAACCAGUGAAUUGUUGACACUUCGUGGAUGUGUAUUUGAAGAUUCAAUUCCAAAUCCACGUGGUGCUGGAAAAGCGAUAAAUACCAAAGAAGUGCUUGAAUAUGUUGCACCCGAAAAAGUUCGAUUGAAGGGCUUUGAAAACUACAAAGCUGGAUUGGACAACAAAACAGAUUCAACGGGAACACAUUCAGUUUAUGCAACUUAUCAAGAUUGUGAAGUUAUGUUUCAUGUGUCAACAAUGCUUCCGUUUACACCAAACAAUCGACAACAAUUACUUCGAAAACGUCACAUUGGUAAUGACAUUGUUACGAUUGUAUUUCAAGAACCUGGCGCUUUACCAUUCACACCAAAAAAUAUUCGAUCUCAAUUUCAACACGUAUUUGUAAUCGUUCGUGCUGUUAAUCCAUGUAGUGAAAAUACUUUUUAUCGUGUUGGUGUAUCACGUUCCAAAGAAGUACCAGUGUUUGGACCACCAAUAAGGAUCAAUGCUUUAUAUCAGAAGGGAAAGAACUUUUCUGAAUUUCUUCUCGCGAAAAUUAUCAACGCUGAAAAUGCCGCACAUCGAAGUGAAAAGUUUGCAACGAUGGCAACGAGAACAAGGCAAGAAUAUUUGAAGGAUCUCUGCACAAAUUACUGCACACAAACCCCAGUUGAAACAGGACAAAAAUUUUCUAUUUUUCCGAUAAAGAAGAAGGAACCCACAAAGCCAAGAUUCAGUGUCAUUGAAAGGUUAAGAAAUGUUUCAAACGGUUGCGGUGCUCUGGAGUUGAGUUUAAGACGAAAUUCAAUGGGACAAUUGGGUUUUCAUGUUCAACCUGAUGGUGUCGUUACACAAGUUGAAAUGAAUGGACAAGCUUGGACAGCAGGAUUACGGCAAGGUUAUCGAUUAGUUGAAAUAUGUAAGGUUGCUGUCGCUACUUUGUCACAUGAUCAAAUGGUUGAUCUUCUUAAAACAUCGGUUCAAGUUACCGUGACAGUUAUUGAAUCAUUUUCUGAUUUUUCACCACGACGCGGUUGCUUCGUGUCAAGUUGCAAGUUUAAUGCGAUUAAUUAUGAAGAUGAUUACGAGAAUGUUGAUGGAAAAGGAAAAGGUGUAAAGAAACCAGCAGCAGCACCACAAAUUCAAGCAACUGCAAAUCAUCAAAAGCGUUAUGAAAGAAAUUUUUCACCACCAAGAUCGAGUAACAGUUCUGGCUAUGGGACUGGAAGUUCAAGUCGAUCUUUUACAGCGAAUAAUGAUCAAAGAUUUGUUCCAGAUAUGGGAACAUUAACAUCGUCAUCAAGUGGACAUUCAAGUAACGAUGAAAGAUGGUACGACGUUGUUGAACAACAACAACAACAGCAGCAACAAAAUGAUUCAAAAAAUGAUCAUCAUCAAAAAUUGGGUCCCUCAAUAUCACUUCCAUUGACACAAAACAAUCCGUUAACAAUUCAUGAAGGACGUCCAUUACCGAGACAAGCUAAUAUUGAAUAUUUAGCUCAGCAUCGACAACAACCAAAACCAAUGUCAGAUUAUGUUUCACCGGAAACUUUAAUGAAGAAUUUUCACAUGAGUGACGAUCAUUUGAAAGGAAAUGUUGAGAAGAAUAAUAAUCAUCGACCUGAACCAAUCUACAGUGUAUCAAUGAAGAAUGCAAACAUUAAUCAUCAAACUUCUUCUUUAGAUGAAGAUGAUUUAAAUCGAACGAAUAAGACAGUGGAAGUUACACAAUUGAAACGUUCAGCAACGACGAAUAACAUUCAAUCAACAAAGAAAACUUCCGCAACAACAACUGUUGCACCACAAACGUCAUCAUCAUCGUCAUCAAGUCGAAACAAUAGUCCUCGACCGCUAACAGAAGCUAAACUAAGGCCAGGUGUAACAAAUCGAUCUACUAAUCCAAAUCAUCGAGCGAGCGUUCAUUACAGCAGCACAUUGCAAGAAGAUUUACUUAAAUUAAUCAAUCCAGAUUACUUAAUGGGUGCAAGUGACGACAACUUUCAUCAGGGCGGAUUAACGAAUUCGAUCAUGAAACAACAGAAAAAUUCACCAAAUAGUCAUAGUUUGGGAAAUUUAUCGAGUAAUUUGCAGUCAUCACCUUUGAAAGCUGCAAUCAUUUCUGAUGAUCUCAUUUUGGCUAAGAAGAAAUCGCGGUCACGAGAAGGAAUUAAUUUAGGAAAUGGUGGAAAUGUUGGUGGUAACUUGAAACUUCAUCGAUCAAAUGGAACAUCACCUGAUGAAGAAAUUAUCAUCACAACUGCUAGACCAGCAACUGUUAUUUCAUCAUCAAGUUCAUCGCCAGCACAUGAGGUCUUACAAAAUUCAAAGUUACUUCACAUUAGUGAAGAGAAGAUGAAAGUUUCACCAAGAAAGCAAUUGAAUGGAAAUAGCGUACUUUCAAUGAGUGGUGGAAUGAUAAGAAAUAAAUUUCCAGUCUUAGCUGACAUGAAAGAUUCUGAUUGGAAUAAUUUAGUUGAUACAGCAACACGUGCGAUGCUUCAGAUCUCAGAGAAUGGAACUGGACAUCAAGAGAAUCUUUAUGAAGAGUUAAAUGCUUUAACAAAUGGUGGAGUUGCUGCUUCAAUGACCCAUCAUGGUUCAUCAUCGAAUACAACGCCGAAUUCUCUUUCACCGAUUUCAAAUUCAGGCGGUGGAAGCAGUAGCAGUAGCGUUUAUGGUGCUAAUGGUGUUAAUGGAAAUUCGCCAGCAAAUGCACUUCCUGAGCUACAGAGUCAAGUCUCUCAACUCUCUGAUCGUGUAAUGCGGGAACAAAGAAGACGAAGAAGUCUCGAAGUUGCUGUGAAGAAGUUAACAGAGGAAAAUCGUCGUUUACAGGAUGAAAGUCAACAGGCUAUCUUGCGCAAGAGAAGUUUAUUCAGAAAAGUUGUUACGUGGAUGUGCGUAUUGAUCUUGUUGUUAAUCGUCGGUUUAUAUAAAUUAAUUGUAACAUCAAAUCAUCCAAUGGCAAUAAGAAAACAUUUUUAUUAUAUUGAACCAGUUAAUUCAUUUUUCCGAAGUAAAACAAUCACGAAUGAGACGAAAGAUUGGAAUGAUUUCUUGAUGCUAAAAAAUGACAGGAAAAGAGUUGGAUUUGGAGAAUAUGGCUUGAAAACCUUUGUAGAGCAUGAAGAUAAAAUAAUGCAGUUAAGUAUAAUGCAUCAAAAUGGCCACAAUACUAUGGUAUCAGAUAAAAUCGCUUUAAAUCGAUCUGUUCCCGAUUUAAGAAGUGUUUCCUGUCGUAAGAAAUUUUAUAGAUCGAAAUUACCAACCGUAUCAGUCAUCAUGCCCUUCUAUGAUGAACACUUGUCAACUCUUUUAAGAUCACUGCACAGUAUAAUUAAUCGUUCUCCACCUGCACUUUUGAAAGAAGUUAUUUUAGUGAAUGAUGCGUCAACGAAAGCUUUAUUAUACGAUAAUUUAGAAAAUCAUAUCAGGGAACAAAAAUGGAGUAACAAAGUGAAAUUAUUAUUGAUGGAUGGUCGAUCUGGUCUCAUCUGGUCACGGUUAGCUGGUGCACGUGCUGCAACGGGAGAUGUUUUGCUUUUUCUAGAUUGUCACGUUGAAGUUGGUUACAACUAUUUACCUCCACUUCUCGAUCCAAUUGUCGAUAAUUAUAGAAUUGUCGUAUCACCAACACUUGAUAUUAUUGAUAAACAUACGUAUGAGAUCAGACCAAUUGGUCAAGGACGAACUGUCUUCGAUUGGAGCUUUCAUCCUCAGCGUAUUCCAUUAAGAGAUCCAACAAAAGUUGAUUUAUAUGAAACACCCAUAAUGUAUGGUGCAGCUUAUGCAAUAGCUGCAAAAUUUUUCUGGGAAUUAGAACCUGACAGUGGUCUAAUAAUUUACGGUGGUGAUCAACUGGAAAUGAGUUUUAAGAUAAAUCUUUGUGGUGGAAUACUCUAUGAAUCUUCAUGCUCACGAAUCGCACAUCUUUAUAGAAGAUUUCCUUACAGGAAAGCUAAUGCGGGCUUAGAUUACAAAGCAAGGAAUAAUAAAAGAGUGGCAGAAAUUUGGCUGGAAAAUUACACGAAAUAUUUUUAUGCGAGACAUCCAGAACGUUAUGAGAAUGUAGAAAUUGGCGAUAUUUCAUCUCAAUUAAAGCUAAAGCAGAAACUUCAAUGUAAAGGAUUUUCUUAUUUCUUUGACGUUCUUGCACCAGAUAUGCUUGAAAGAUAUCCAUUUAAAGAACAUCAUAGUUUUGCACAUGGAACGCUCCGAAACGAAGAAUUCAAUAAGUGUCUUCAAAUCACUGAUCACGAACAUGGCGGAAAUGUUAUGUUAGCAAAAUGCAGUCAUAAUAAAACAAGUCCACAUAGUCAGCAAUAUUUCGUGUUGAGAUAUCACAGGGAUAUAAUGAUUUAUGGAAAAUCGGACUGUUUAGAAGGAUCAGCUAAUGGUGUAAAGUAUGCAAGAUGUCAUUAUGAGCAAGGCAAUCAAUAUUUUCGAUAUGAUCCCGAAUCACAUUUACUUUAUUGGGGAAGAAAACGAAAUAAUUUAUGUCUCGACGCCAGUGAAAAACAUGAUUACGUUUUUAUAAAUUUCUGUGACUCAGACAAACAUUCACAACAUUGGAGAUGGGGAACUUAUAUGGUUCAUAUGUUGAAGAAUUGGGCUUCUACUGGCGCCGCUAUUUUGGAUGAAUUCGAAAUCGAAGAUCUUCAAUCAGAUCAAGCUUUCACUAAUCCAAAUCAAGUUCCCCUUGAGGAUGAAAAGAAUGCAGAUAAUCAAGCACAAGGAGAAGAACUUCCAUCGAAUCAAGUUGUCAAAAAUCCGAAUGAAGUACCGGCUUCCCAACAACAAGUUCCAGAUAAUCAAGCACAAAGAGAAGAACUUCCAUCAAACCAAGUUGUCAACAAUCCGAAUGAAGUACCGGCUGCCCAACAAAAAGUUCCAGAUAAUCAAGCACAAAAGGAAGAACUUCCAUCAAACCAAGUAGUCAACAAUCCGAAUGAAGUUGAAGGAUUACAACCAUUGAUAACUAAAUUGAAAAUAAACAAUAUAAAUGAACUUUUACAAACUACACCUGAACUCAAUAAUUAUUCUCCUGAGCAAUGGAAAAGAACGCAUGACUUUUUAAAAGGAGAAGGUUUUAACACAAAUAGCUUUGCUUACAUGAUUUCACAAAACCCCAAACUGAUCAAAACACCGGAAAUUCAUAUUUGCGAAUCAAUUAAUACUUGGAAAUCUUUCCAAUUCGGUGAACGUAACACAAUAAAAUUACUUGAAAAGUUUCCCGAACUAUUAAAUAUUCAACAGUCAAAGGAAUUCACGAAAACGUUUAAUACCAUAAAAUCCUUUGUUGGAGGUGGUCAGAAUAUUUACAAGUUGCUGAUGAGCUCACCAUCGAUACUUUUUGAAAGUCUUCCAGAUAUUGAUGAGAAAAUUGAUUAUAUUAGCAAUGUCAUGAAGGUUGAAGUAUCACAAGUAUAUAAGUCAACAGUGAUGUCUCUUGACAUUGUUACUUUAAAAACUCGCCAUGUCUUUCUUGAACGCCUUGGACUAUUCAUUGCUAAGAAAGUCAAAGACAAGGAUGAAGUUAAAAGUAACGAUAAGAACCCUAAACUAUUCCGAAUCGCUGACACAGACGAUAAGACUUUCGCUACCAAAGUUUGUUCCGUGACAUUAGAAGAAUUUGAAACUUUCCAAGAACUUUACAAAAAAGAAUUAGAUCAAGAGAUUGAUGAUGAGUCAUCCGAUGAAGAAAGCUAUGAGACUGGACAUGACGCAUCUGUAAAAAUAGAAUUUGAAAUUUACAAAACAAUGGGUUUAUUCGGGAAUUCUGCGACAAGUGCUUUGGAGGCUGAAAUUGAGAAGGCAACCAGUGAGAAAAAUAUUUCCGAGAAAUGGGGAAUGAUUAUGGAUAUUUGUGAUAGGAUAGGAACCAAUUCAACCGAAGCUAAAGAGAGUUUACGGAUAAUUAUGAAACGUUUAAAUCAUCCAGAUCCUCAUGUUGUUGUGCAAGCCAUUACACUUCUUGACGCAUGUGUCAAUAAUUGUGGAAAGAAUUAUCAUUUAGAAAUUGCAUCGCGUGAAUUUGAAACCGAAUACAAAAGACUUAUUCAGAAAAGUCAAUUGCCCGUUGCUGCUAAACUGAAAGCGUGUCUCAAGAAAUGGGCAGAAGGUGACUUCAAGAAAGAUCCUCAACUAAAUUUAAUUCCUUCAUUGUAUAAUAAAUUGAAACAAGAAGGACACGACUUUUCCGAUCCUGACACGACACCAAAACGCGAAGUACAAUUGAGUAAAGAUCCAAAUGUUGUGUCUAGUCAACAGGAAGAAGAUGAUAUUUUAAAAGCCAUUGAGCUUUCGCUUAAAGAUAAGACAGCAUCACCGAAAGCUCAAACUACUACUUAUUCAUCAUCUCUUUAUCCAUCUAUGAACAUGCCAAGUUCAUCAACUGGUGCUACGAAUGCAUCAUCUGCUUCCGCUCCAGCAUCAGAACCGAGGAAAGUUCGAGCACUUUAUGAUUUCGAAGCUGUUGAAGACAAUGAAUUAACAUUCAAAGCUGGUGAAAUAAUUAUGGUAAUCGAAGAAUCAGAUCCAAAUUGGUGGCGCGGAACAAAUCAUCGUGGUGAAGGCUUCUUUCCGGCUAACUUUGUUACGGCAGAUUUAAGUGCAGAGCCUGAAGAUCUGAGCAAAGAUAUCAAAUCAAAUAACAAAAAGUCAGAACAGGUCCAUGAAGAAGCACAAAAUGUUCAAAAUCAACAACCAGUAGAAAUUAAUGAAGAGGCCAUUGAUCGUUUACUUUUCCUUCUUCAUGAAGCUGAUCCGUCAGAUCCAUCGCAAGAUAGCCAAGAAAUGUUACGAUUGGAAAAUGUUGUAAACCAGAUGGGGCCUUUAAUAGACUCAGAACUUGAACGAGUAGAUAGAAAGCAUGCUCAGUUAACUCAGUUAAGCAGUGAUUUGAUUGACACCAUAAAUCUUUAUCAUAGUUUGAUGCGAGAGACUGAACGUGCUCCAGCCAUGAAUCUUUAUUCCGGAUUUUCACAUAAUCAAAUGUUUGGUGGUGUUCCAGGUGUUGGUUUUCCGCACAACGCUUAUGGUUUGCCACCUGGUAGUAUGAUGCCACCAGGAAUGAUGAUGGGAAUGCCAGGACAUGGACAUCCACAAACUUCAUCGACUCCACAAGGUAACUUUCCAAUGCCUCAAGCUCCUGGGAACUUUCAACAACAUUCUGGACUAAAUAAUAUGAUGCCACCAGUUUCACAACAAAAUAUGAAUCAACCCACGACUAAUGGACAUCAACAACAACAACAGCACCAACAUCAACCGAGUAGUGUGCAACAAAUGCCACAACAACAAAUGCAAACUCAAAAUAUAAUGUUACAAAUGCCAAAUGGACCACAACAAAUGAUGCCACCGGCACAACAGCAACAAAUUCAAGCACCAGGUCAAAACUUCCCCCCACAGCAACUUCAACAGCCUCCUUCGACUACAGCGGCACCUCAACAACAUCAAAAUGGAAUUCAACAACCAAAUUAUCGGAUGAAUCCAAUGCCAAUGUCACAUCCCAACAUGCAGUCACAACUUAAUCAAAUGAUGGGAAAUAUGACAGUUCAGUCACCACCAACAUCAAUGCAGAAUCUUCAUCAAAUGACACAACAACAAGGACCUGGAAUGCAAAUAACUCAACCGAUGACGUUUAAUCUUCAAGCAGAUUCCAAUCAGAAUAUUCCGGUUUAUCAGCAACAACGAUAAAUGCUAUGUAGCGAAAUUUUUGAUUAUACUUUUAUAUCGUCGAUUAUUAUUUAUUGUUUAGAAUGAUUCAGAAAAUGGAAACUUUUAAAAUUUCUGUAACGAAGAAGUUGUCUCCGUAAGCCUCAAUUUUCCGUCGCUAUCACUCUUUGUUAAGUAGCAACUCGCUUGCAUAUUUCCUUUAAACUGCAAAUGCUUAAUGGGCUUUUUUUUCUUAUUUAUGUUGGUGCGCUAUUAUCCCGAUUUAUUAUUCGUAGAAUAUAAAAGAAACCAUUACGUAGAUAUAAUGUAUAAUUUUACUCACAUAAAUAUGAACAUUCUGUUGAAUUAAAUAAAAUAACAAUUUAAUUAAAUUAUAACUUUUCACGUUGUUGUGGUAUUUUAUUUCAAAGUUUAUGAAUUUUUUUAAUUUCAUUAUCAAAAUAAUCAACCAUUUCUAAAAAGUCUGGAUAAGUCGACAGAGUUGAAAUCUGUUCUUUUGUGACAAACUUAAAAUCUGUAUGUUCAUCUGACAAGGUUGGAUCACGACCAGACACUAACUCUGCUAGCCAAUAGACGACAACUUUUGGUUUGCCUUUGACAUUGUAAUUUAAUGUUUUUGAUAAAUCUUUAUAAAUUUUAAGAUCGUUCUCUGUGAAGCCAGCUUCUUCUCUUGUUUCACGUAGAGCUGUAGUGUAGUCAUCUUCCCCAGGAUCAACAUGACCUUUCGGUGGUGUCCAAUGGAGUUCUCCGUAACUUGCUUUCAGAAGAAGAUAUUCAAUUCUUGAUGACACCAAGCGAUAGAUGAGAAAGCCAGCAGCUCGUUUUAUCAUUU